AUGGUCUCCAAUGCUGGUGUGAAGAAAAUUCCCAAGACUGAGCGCAGGGCUACAAAACAUCGCCAGGAAACGCUGGAAAAUCUUCUUGGAGAAGUACAAACAGAGGAAAACUCCAACGGAGAGGGUCCAGGUGCUGGCGAACAAGGUGCUGCUGCACCAGGACCCGUGGACGACCGACCAUCCGCCGACAGGGAGCAGCCAGAUCAACCAAACUCAAGUCAACGUUCUGAUAUUUCUGGAGACCCACACGAUGAAAGAGGGCCUGCAGAUGAGACCCCGGUGAGGGACGAGGAAAUGUCGGACGCUGAACCUAAACUCACCGACGAGUCAACCUCUGAUAGCACGGCGGGAGCACAAACACGUGGAAUGAAUGAUUCAAGCGUUGGCCCGCAACUCUUUGUGGACUUCGAGAAGUUGAACAUAAAUGAAUGCCGUCGUGAAAAGAAAGAACGCCACGAAGACCCCCAACCAGGCGACAUAGCCUGGCUUGGCGGCACAGGGAAAAGUCGGUUCUUCAUUUUUCGGGUUGGUCCCGCCCAAUCCCCUAGGCACGUGUUUCGAAGAACAAGCGCGUAUAGCACCGAAGGUUUCGAAAAUUUGUCCCACAAUCGGAUUUCCCUGCUUAGAUACAAUGCCCCAAACGGGGAUCGACAUUGGCAAUAUACGAGAAGAAAUAUGGCCGGUUUUAGAGGCAUCGCCAUUGAUGAAACGGAGAGCAACCUUAAGUGUCCACGAACAUGGAUCAAUGUCGAAUGGAAGGGUAUCAAGGAAGAGCACCGGUACUUGUUGGUUGACGAAUGCAACUGGACCCCUAGGACGGAUGUGAUUCGGUUGUCGGGCAGGAAGGUGGCCAGCAUUGGAAUCCGCGCAAUCUGGAACUUGCAAGAGACUCUGCAUAUUAAGGCGAUCAAAAAAGAGGGUAUACGGAUUUCACAUUUGCCAUUUGCUUUUGCUACCUUCGAGGUGGAGAAAAUCAAGCCAGAAAGAUCUCGCACACCGGCUCAAUUGGGGUCUUUUUUCAUCGAACCCAAAGAGCCGAUCUAG